ACGCAAAGAUUAUAUCAAGUGGAUUUGUCAGAUGACUAGACCAAACAUGAACAUGUGUCCUUUAGACUAGUUUGAAUAAGGUAAAUGCAAACCAUCUCCAUCUCACGUGUUAUAGCGAACUUUUGCGGAAACUUUUGCUGUUUUUUGCGUCAGGUGGCAUGGAGAAGACGCGGAUUUGAGGGCUGCAGCGGAUUAAGGGGAGCUGAUUUUGUUUAACACCACUUUUAUUUACCCCGAUGAUGGACGCCAAACCUCCUUUAGGGAAAAGGAUGAAACCACGUGCCCCACCUCCUCCUCAGGUACCGCAGCCUGCCCCACGGCGUAUCUUCAGAAGUGCUGACUCUCUGGACGAGGUCACUGUUAGAGACAUGAAGGAGAACAUGCUGAGUCACUGUGUGGAGCUGCGGCUGACUCUGCCCACCGGAUUUCAGACCACUGUCACUGAGGACGGCAGCAAAGCGCUGAUGGACGUUCUGGUCGAGCUGUGCAGCCGUUACCACCUGAACCCCUCACUACACACUCUGGAUCUAUUCACACCUGAGGGCCACCCUUUGGGCUUCAAGCCCAAUGCGCUGCUGGGGUCCCUCAAUGUUGCCUGUGUCCUCAUCAAGGAGAAAGUACUGGAGGAGAGACAAGUACGCCGACCUGCACCCAAAGUGCCUGAAAAAACAGUGCGUUUGCUGGUGAAUUAUCAUGGCAGUCAGAAGGCAGUGGUGCGGGUGAACCCGCUGUUGCCACUGCAGGAUCUCGUACCUGUCAUCUGUGACAAGUGUGAAUUUGAUCCAGCUCUCAUCGUGCUCCUAAAGGACAGCAUCGGUCGCCAAGAGUUACCACUAGACAAGUCUCUGUCCCAUCUGGGAAUCAAGGAGCUUUAUGUGAACGACAAAGUCUAGGUAACGGCUGUUAUUUAAUGUUUAUG